AUACAUUAUAGAAUAGUCAGUCAUAGGACACAUUAUUCACACACAAUAGUAUAGUAUCAAUAAAUAGCCUUACUUAGAGGGAAGGAUGACCUUAGACCAAUUGCCCGCUAAACUAACGGAGUCAAAAAUUUUGGAUAUCAAAGGGAUCAUGUCUGUUCAAGGCUCCACACUGGAGUCCUCCACAUCGGGCACUCAAGUAGGAAAGGAAGAGCUAAAGAAAGAAAUUACUACUAUUAAGAAUCACAUAAACCUUCCUAUUGGGGGUUUUAUUCCUACACCAGUUGAAAUUCCUAGUUUCCAAAUGGAAUUAGGCUUGGCUUCAGGCAACGACAUACCGGUGCAAGAGCUUGAAAUCUUUAAGGAACCGCUGAAGCAGAAGGGUUUUCUGAAAAAGUCCCUUCUACAGGGGAUCCUGCAAGAGACGUCUAGUAUCGAGGAAUGGAAGGGGCACUUCAAUUAUUCCAACCAUGUUUGUAUUGAGGAAAACUCUCCAGAUUCCUGGCAUGAUUACAAAUCGGCUAUAUGGUCGACAAGUAAUACAACAGCAAAGAAACUGUCAGUAAACAGAAGGCCGAUGAAACACAAGAGCCUGGUUAAAAAAUCGAGGCUUAUGUCCCUCGAGGGGAAGUCCAGGGCCAAGUCACAGAAAUGGAUUAAGGAUAUCCUUAAGGAGGAUAAUUCCAACCUGUUGCAAAAAUCGAAGCUUUACGGACAAAAAAAGUCCAAGGACAAUUCUAGUGAGUUGUUUAAGAGCAUUUUCAGUCCUCAAAAGGAAUAUUCAAACUGGUUUAAGAACACAGACAUUAACUUGGACUUUGAGGCCAUGAAAAUUGAUUCUAAAAAAAAUCCUGACUCUGAGCAUCUCUAUGAUAUGAAGGCCCUCACUGAAGAGUGCAAAAAUAUACAGAAUGUAGAACAGAUAACCAAGAGUCCUCGGACUCUUUCCUAUGACUUUCAGGACCUGAUUCAUGAGUGUGAAAAUCUAGAAGGAGAUAUUUAUGAGGCUCGUAUUCCUUCCUACGGAUCACGGUACCAGAGGUCCAACGAAGUAAAUGUCGAUGAGCUGGCCAGCUAUUUGGACAACAUGCUCCAAAUACCCAGGGAAAUGUCGGCCAUGGCCAAGGCUAUGUAUACCUAAUGCAUACUUAGGAAGCUUCAUAUUUUGUGUUUUGAAAUAAAUAAAAGAGCAUGUAUAUGUUGUGA